AUGACGACGAGUGGCGUGUGUCGAUUUAAUAGAAAAGACACUGAGAAAUCAGUUGGGCCCCCAGUUAAGAAAACAACUUUUAUACAACGCAAUCAAUCUAGACGCGUAUCUAUUCUCUUCGCCCGCGACUUCUUUUUUUUUUUUUUUAGUUUCUUUCCUUCUUUCUUUUUCUUUUUUUUUUUUUACAUUUACAUCGUUCUCUCUUGUCCCACAAUUUUUAUUUGUCCCUCUUAUUUCAAAUAUUUUCCUUUCUUUCGGCUUAUUUUUAUUAUUUAUUUUCAGUUAUUUCUUCUUUCGUAUAUUUCUACUUCCGUUUGUUCGUUCCUUCCUUCCCGACAUGCUUCUCUCAUUACUUGUUUCCUUUCCUACUGCAUCUCUUUCCCUUUUUCGCCAGAUUUGCUAGUUCUUAAUUUCUUCUCUAUAAAUCUCUGUCACUUUUUAUUCUCUUUUCUUUCUUCUCCUAUCUUCAUUCAUUUGUUUGAUCGAUUUUUUCCUUCAGUUAACGUUUUAAUACAAUCCUCUCUAUUUUCAUCCCUUCUCUUUCACAUUUCCUUAUUUAUUCGUUCACAUAUUACCUUCUUUCUUUCUUUUUUUUCUUUCUUUCUUUCUUUUUUCUUUCUUUCUUUCUUUCUUUCUUUCUUUUUUUUUCUUUUCUUUCAUUUUUCCUUUUUCUUUCAUUUGUUUUUUUUCUUCACAUUUCGUUUUCGACUGAAAAUCUUUCUUCUUCUUCUUCUUUUUCUUCUUCUUCUUCUUCUUCUUCUUCUUUCUUCUUCUUCAAGGAGAGAUGGUAACUGA